GCGAGCAUUUUUCCCCCAUUGCGAUCCCUCUUCGUCUCUUUUUCUCUCUCUCUCUCUCAAACCCUAGAAAUCGAAAGCCAGCUCGAAUUCCGCCAUUUCCCCUUCGACCGACAAAGAGAAAGCCGAGCUCCCAGGGAAUAAUGGAGAAUAUGCAGUAUGCAGAAGAACUGUUGAGGGAGUUUCUUGUGUUUAGAGGUUUCACAAAUACACUCCAAAGUUUUGAGAUGGAGUUGACAACUGAUAUUGGCAAAAACUUUCAAGUCGAUAAGAUCCUAGACUUAAUUUUUAAAGUGUAUAUACCCAGAUAUCAAGCAGAUAAGUUGGUGGGUCUGCUGAAUUUCUUUAAGCAAUGUUUCUCUUCAACCGCGGACGUAGUUCUCUUUUCCACGUUAUUAAAACUCGAACUAUCGAUUUUGCGGUACUAUGUGAUUCAUGCUUUACAAUCUGGAAAGCAAGAGAAAGUGGUCGAGUUUUUUGAGGAAAAUGGGAACUACUUGCUGCAGAAACGUGAAGAUUGGAUGCCAUGGUUUGCUAUUCCUUAUCUUAAGAACCCUAACUUGGAUCCUCAAUUCCGUGUCUACUUCUCGAAGGAUUGGCUUGAUGCACUUCUUCUUUCAUUCCGAAAUUUUUUGAGCGAAAUUUUCCAUGGCAGUCGAAUCCCUGCUCUGUUAAAGAUAUCUAUCGAGAAGAAUACAGUUAAAAGACUCAAAGGUGACAUAAAGCAACUGAAUCACAAGCUAUCACAAUUGCAAGCAUUGUUAGAGGCAAAGGAGUCUGAGAUUUCUCAGUUGAGAAGUAGAGUUGUUUCGUCACUGGAGAGCAGUAUUCAAGAGAAAGAAUCUAUGAAUGAUAUUCCCACUGAGACAUUCCCAAAGGAAAAUGGCCGUAAUUUUCCAGUGGCAGAUGUUCAACAAACUGGUGCUGGUAGUUCUUCUCUACAAGAGGGAAGCUUAUCCAUAGAAAGUGGUGGAGAUGCAUCAGAUUCUGCUGGUGUUCCAAAGGAAUUGACCUCAUUAAAGCUGGAACCAGUUUCAAGUUCAUAUAGUAAACUUUCGAUUAGAAGUGAUGAAUCCGAGGAAGCCCUUCAGACAUUUCAGGCAGCAGGUAACAUAGGAGAAAUUUUGGGAGAAGAAGAUUUCCCUGAAGUGAAAGUGGACUUUCAGGAGACAUUCCUUGGGCAUACCAGUCCGAUUAGUCGGUGCCGAUUUUCUGCUUCUGGAAUGAAUAUCGCAAGUGCUUCUGUUGACGGUACUGUUAGGAUUUGGACACACGACUCAUCAACUCCUACAUCAAGAAAUGCAACCAUCUUUUGUGGAGCAGAAGUUAUGUCACUUGACUGGGAAUGCAGGUCCGAUCGUUUGCUUCUCAUAGGCACAACAGACGGUGGAAUUAAAGCUUGGAAUGUUGAUGCUAAAAGAGUUGUUUGUGACCUCAGCACUACAAAGGAGUUCCCGAGUGUUGUGGAUUUGAAGUGCAGUCCAGUGGACCCGAUUUUUGUCUCUGCAGCUGCAUCUAAAAGGCAAGGCUCAAGCAAAAUUGAUAAACUGGGGCUUGCAUCUUUAACCGUUUGGAACAUGAAAACAUGGAAAGCUAUGUCAGUUCUUCCUCUGGGUAAAGAUCCACCUGCAAUCACUUCACUUAGUUUCAAUCACAACGGGAAGAUUUUAGCAGCCUCUGCAACUGAUGGGAUGAUUCACAUGUUUGACAUGUCUGCUGGCCUGCAAAUCACAGGAUGGCCAGCUCAUGAUUCUGCUGUAAGCUCUGUGCUAUUUGGACCGGAUGAGACUAGUAUCUUCAGUUUGGGCUCUGAUGGGAAGAUACUUGAAUGGAGCCUGCAGAAUCAAGGUCAAGUUCUUUGGUCUAGAGAUUGCAGUAGGUUCUGCUAUCCUGAGAGCGAAAAAGUAUGCAGGCAUGAAAUAUCUCUGGAUUCUAAUGGAAGGAGAUUGUUGGUGACAUCUGGUUCUGUGAGAUCCCCCAUAUACCAGGUGCAAGGUCAUAUGCGCGGUCUGAAAACAUUACCUCAUAGUGCUGCAAUAACAAGCGUGGAUUGGCACCCGACGCUUCCCAUCUUCAUAACUGGGUCUGCUGACCACUCGGUCCGAGUUACAUCCAUUAUCUGAUGAAAUAUUGGUGAUCUAUUUGUGUGUACAGUGCCAAGUUUCCUAUGACAUGCUGCUCUCUUGACUUCUGGCAUCUAACGAGUGUGUUCAAAGCCUAGGGCUUGUCGUACUGAUGAGAGACAUCAAUUGAGCUGGUUUCAUGGUACACUCCUGCUUCCCACCCAUUAUUAACAACGGCUGAGCUGGUUUCACAGAUUACUCCUGCUUCCCACCCAUUUGUUCAUGGUUUUAAAAUUCUGCAAUGCCAUACAUUAUGGAUUACCUAAUAUAAUGAGGUGAAGCAGAAUGAAAUGGUUACUCUUGGCAAUCUACUUGAUUUCUGACUGUGUGCUUCUCUGCUGCAAUUGUAGCAUUAUAAUGUAAGCCAAGUUGCAUAGUAUUUCAGAAUUAGCUGUACAAAGGCAUCUCGAAGCCCAAACUCACUUCUUGUUGUAAUUUUCAGUUUUUCUUGGUUUUCAUAGUUACAUUUAUCGAUUGGGGAAUGGGAUUUUCUUUUUUUCAUGUACACCUAAGUAGAGUGUAUGAACUCUGAAUGUAAGUUGGAUUGAAAAUACAAAUAAAGUCUGUACAAACAUAUGACUAUGGCACCUUAUUUGUAUGUAGUUUGGUAUUUGAAAUUAUGGUUUAUAGUUUGCAGAGGAAAAUCUUUUAUCUGCAAA